GACAGGAAAAAGGCACCACCAUAAAAGGACGCCUGCUCAAUCACUCUUAAAGCAACAUGCCCCGCUUAGAUAACUCCAGUCUGGGCAAACACGGACUGCCACAACGGAGGCCCUAGCUACCUUCUGAUAUUUCUUUAAGGACUCAUGAGACAGCCGCUUCUCAAAGGAUUGGAGAGAGCACCACACAGAAGGACCCAACAUGAUCACUCCUCAGGCCCAUAUGAGGUCCUUACCAGACACGAUUUGAAGGUUUUAUUUGUAUACUGUGAGGACUUGUCUAUUGACACACCACACCACAGGCAGAGCCCAGUGCCAGUGAGCAUCCCUCUUCUCUGUCAGAAGUGAACAGAGAUCUGGUCGUCUAGCACCAGGCUCAGGUUAACACAGAUCAGAUACUGUGUAACUGUGACUACUGCUGGAUACAGAAAUGGCUAACAAUUUUACUACACCGCUGGCAACUUCUCAGGGCAAUAACUGUGAUCUCUAUGCACAUCAUAGCACAGCCAGGAUAUUAAUGCCUUUGCAUUACAGCCUAGUCUUCAUCAUUGGGCUGGUGGGAAACCUGCUGGCCUUGGUUGUCAUUGUUCAAAACAGAAAAAAAAUCAACUCGACCACUCUCUAUUCAAUGAACUUGGUGAUUUCUGACAUCCUGUUUACCACUGCUUUACCUACUCGGAUAGCCUACUAUGCGCUGGGCUUUGACUGGAGGAUAGGUGAUGCCCUGUGCCGGAUAACUGCUCUGGUGUUCUAUAUCAACACGUAUGCAGGUGUGAACUUCAUGACAUGCUUGAGCAUAGACCGCUUCUUCGCUGUGGUACAUCCUCUACGCUACAACAAGAUUAAAAGAAUCGAAUAUGCAAAGGGUGUUUGUGUAUUUGUCUGGAUUCUGGUCUUUGCUCAAACACUGCCACUGCUCCUCAACCCUAUGUCCAAGCAGGAGGGAGACAAGACUACUUGCAUGGAAUAUCCCAACUUUGAAGGGACAGCGUCUCUGCCAUGGAUUCUGCUUGGAGCCUGCCUGCUGGGCUACGUGCUACCUCUCACAGUCAUUCUCCUGUGCUACUCUCAGAUCUGCUGCAAACUCUUUAGGACUGCCAAGCAGAACCCACUCACCGAGAAAUCUGGUGUGAACAAAAAGGCUCUCAACACAAUUAUCCUUAUCAUCGUCGUGUUCAUCCUGUGCUUCACACCCUACCAUGUGGCCAUCAUUCAGCACAUGAUAAAGAUACUCUGUUCCCCUGGAGCCCUAGAGUGCGGGGUGAGACAUUCCUUCCAGAUCUCUCUGCACAUCACAGUGUGCCUGAUGAACUUCAACUGCUGCAUGGACCCUUUCAUAUACUUCUUUGCAUGUAAAGGGUACAAGAGAAAGGUCAUGAAGAUGCUCAAACGUCAAGUGAGCGUGUCAAUCUCCAGUGCAGUGAGGUCAGCCCCUGAAGAGAAUUCACGGGAAAUGACAGAAUCUCAGAUGAUGAUCCAUUCCAAGGCUUCCAAUGGAAGGUAAAGGCACCUGGGACUUCACAGCACAGCAAGCUGCGGGACAGGCUCUGCCCACCAACUGUUCUGCUCCCAAUCAGGAUGCCUUCCAGUUGUCCUCCCUGGGCACGACUUCCCACUGCCGCCCCACCCACCAGCCAACACACUGAGAUCCAGACUAGAUCAAGGGAACACAAAAAAGCAAGUUCAACUUCAUGAAUGUAAUAUAAUAUAUAUAUAAAGGAAGGCUAUCAUGAUAAGUCUCAAUGUAAAAAGAAAUGCUCUGUGAAAUUACUAUUUCUUGUCAAUAGUUUGUCAAAACUGAGAAGACUAACUGCACUGUAUAUUGCCAGUGUAAAAAUGUUAAUAUUGUAAUAUAUGGAACAUAUUUCUUAAUUUACACCUCUUUCAAUUUUAGAUAUUGUCUCCUUAGUAAUAUGUCUUUGUUUCUUUCUUUGUUUGUUUGUUUUGUUCUGAGACAACUGUCUUAAGAAACAUUUUGUAGGAGAAAGAAUAGGAUCUAACUGUCAACUACCAGCAGAAGUUCCAAGUAUAAUUAGCCAGAGGUAGAUUUGAAGAGCAAUAGUUGAAAUGUAUGACAGAGGUGACUGAAGCAUCAAGCCCUCCCCAGGGAGGAGCAGCCAGGUGCCUUUGGACCACUGCACAGAAAUAUGACAGGGGCUUCCCAUAUAGGCAUCCAAUGAAAAUAUGUCCACGUGCUAUCUCCUUUUUAGGAAUAGAAAAUAUGCACACAUACUUUGUUUUCCUUGAGUCUCCAGGGGACUUUUGUUCAGGUUAGUAGUAGCUGGUAUCUACACAGCGGAGCAAUGAGGAUUACAAUUGCCAUACUUGCAUAAACAAAUCAGGAAGUUAAUGCACAAUUUAUAAAUUAGUAGUUUUCAGGAAUUUUUCCUCUUUACAAACCUUUUUAAAAAUGUAUUGUAUGUUUGCCUGAAUGCAAGUCAGUGCACCAUAUGUGAGAAGUGCCUCCAGAAGCCAGAAGAAGGUGUCAAAUUCCCUGGGACUAGAGUUACAGAUGGUUGUGUGCUGUUACGGAGGUGCUGAAAAUCAACAUGGAUCCUCUGGAAGAGUAGCUAGUGCUCUUACUGUUCUGCUAGGCUUCUCUGUACCGUUCCACCUGCUUAUACAAACACUUUAAUAUAUGCAGCAUGGCCUUCCUAAGUUCCUAAGCACUGUCUGCCUGCUCAAAUUUGCUUUGCUCCAGCCCUGAAAUUUCCCCAGUACAGUAUCUCACUUGGCAAUGAUACCAAUUUAGAUCAUACGGAAGAAACAAAACACUAUACCUUUAGCCAUAAUUUCAAUUUUUAUUGAGCUGUAUGCCCAAGAAAUAUUACAUUUUAGUAAAAUUAUCCUGUUUUGUCUUUAGAGACAGAGUCUCAUUAUAUAGUCAAAGCUGGCCUGCAGCACACUUUGUAUCUUCCUCAGGCACACACUUGGGAGGCUAAGGCAGAGAAACUGCUGAGAGUCGGGGGCUAGCCUGUACUAGGGUUAGAUUAUAUUAUAUAUAUAUAUAUAUAUAUAUUAUAUUAUACAUACUACAGCAAGCCCCGACUUCAAAAAGAAAAAUAGAAUGCCCUGUGUUGGCCUCCUGGGUGCUAUCACGCCCAGCUUGAAGCGAGCUUAAUCUCUACUACUGUACCCUUACCGAGUACAGUAAGAUUUGAAUUGUGUUAACUUCACAGAAUUAAAGCACUAACAAUACAUGGUGGGUCUGAUGGGGGUGGUGCAAGUUUGGCUCUUGAUGCAUUUCCUUACCCCAUCUAUGAACUUCCCAAGUGAGGGCAGAAAGAACAAAAUACAACACUUUGUCAGA